AACGACCACUUGGGUGCUACAUUUGUUUGUGUUCCCUCCAAUAUAAUUGUUAUCGGCAUUACCUUCCAGAAUUCGUAUAAUCUUGUCGGGUCAGAAACCAUUGAACCUGCACCAGCAGCAGCCAUAUACGGUGACAAAUCUGUGUUCAUUAAGUGUGGUUUCGAAAGUUAUCAAGAUACUCUCUUUGAUGCACAUGGUCGUCAUUAUUUCAAAGAUUGUUACGUUGAAGGUGAAGUUGACUUCAUUUAUGGCAACGGUCAAUCUUACUAUGAGAAUUGUAUCAUUAAUGCGACGCUUGGAAAAUCUCCUCCAGGUUUUGUAACAGCACAAUCUCGAGGAUCAGAAAAAGAAGAUAGUGGUUUUGUUUUCAGAGGAGGUUGUGUGAUUGGAAAUGGUGAAGUGAAGCUUGGAAGAGCUUAUGGAGCUUAUUCAAGAGUUAUAUUUUAUGGAACAUAUUUAUCUUCCUUAGUCUCCCCUCAAGGCUGGGAUGCUUGGGGCUACACUGGCAAAGAGUCUAGGUUUACUUAUGGUGAGGUAGAGUGUAGUGGAGAAGGAGCAAACGCUAGCGGGAGCGUUAUGUGGGAGAAGAAGCUUACAAAUUCGCAGUUGGAAGAUUUUUCUUUGUCAUCCUUUAUCAAUCAAGAUGGAUGUCUUUCCUACUUACCAGUCAAAUUUUAAUUAGGAUAUUAAUGUU